CUUUUUUCUGUCUCCUCUCAAUCCUCAACGCAGGGCGCUUGACAGAUGCCGCGCAAUGGAACAUGCUCAUGUUGCUGGUGCCAUUGCGAGCCUUGACUCUACCACUCGUUACAACCCGAAGUGACGGUACCAACCGGUUGAGGACAACCACAUCCUGGGCCCUACGACGUAUGCUAAAGAAUUUGACUCUUGACUGACGAUAGAAUAUUCCGAAUUUGGGAGGGACCAAACCUGCUCGGUACGACAAAUUGAACUCUGAUCUGAUUUUGCUUUCUGGACUCGAGUCGCAGCAAUCACUUUCAGCUGCCUCGGGUGCAACACUCUAGGCCCCGUUCGCCGAGGGUUCCCUCCCUUUACCGUACGGGAACCAAAGUGAACCUCGUGCCAACCCACAAUCCUGCCCGUGUGCGCGCCCUGCGUUUAUGCUGUCAUGCUCGGCUUUCCACCUGGCGGAUUUCACGUUCGUGGCUCAUGAUCAAACUAGCACCCGGCCCGGCGACUGGGUACACUGCUGCGGGAAGCUCCACGGGCGGGACAGGCUAAUGCACUUAUUAUCCGCACUGAACUCUUGAUAGUUCGUCCGGAACGCGGGCCCCAUUCACUGGCGGCGGGAAGGACCCAGCGAGUGGAUGCUUUCCGAUGUAUCUGCUGUGCUUGGGAACUGUAUCUGAGCUACUGUGAAAGCCCACCUGGCUGAUCGACUUUGCAGCCCAUCAGAUUUGCACCAUCUUCGUCAAGGAACAGAGCAGGGAUCUCCUUUCCUCGGAAAAUUUGCUGUCAGCAAUAAUAACAUGUAUCUAUGUCUAGGGAGAAGCGAUUGAAAGUCCCAAAAUCUGGAGUGGGCAUGCCAUGCAGGGAGCUGGGAGCUCAGACGCCGCCUGGAGAUAUACGGCCGGCUCAGGGGCCGACCACGUUGCCCACCGAUUGAGGUGCCAUCACUACAACCUCCUCCCCUUUCACACUCCGUACCGAGCCCCGCCCCGCAUCUUUCAGAGCCUGACAGCCUGACUUCACGCACUUUCUCUACAUAGGCUCUCAUAGUGUACUUAUGUAUGUAUUGUGGGAAUGUGUCCGAGCACAGACAUACUACCGCCAACCGGACCGCUGCCCGUUGAGCCCCGCCAGCAGAAGCAGUUAGGUCACAACGCCACUCUUCCAUCGCUCUAGAAGCACAUGUUGUCUCUGCAGAGAGUAGCACAGCAGCCUUGAGACCAGUCAUUUUCAUAUCUCGACAUCAACCUCCGGUGGGCUGGCUGACAGCAAGCCGACGGCUGAACACAAGAUGAGCGAGCGGCCCUGUGGCCCUGCUCGUGAUCGCUGGCUGCUCCAUGGGCGACCCUGGUUCCCUGGUUCCUCAUCCCUGAAUGCCAUCCCCCGGAGUUCCACUCACAGCUCAUGCGGAGAUUCUGUGGCUUGUUGACUUCAGACAGUUGCGGGCCCCGGGGAACUAAUGUUAUCAUCAUCCGCUGUUACCCCCCCGAAGCGCCAUAUGCCGGCAUGCUGACAAUAGCUUGGCUGCGAGUGUAGUUACACUGGCGUGGAACCUUAUUUGCUGUGCGGCACACAGUCACGUCCUGUCUUGCGACCCGCGGGUACCUGCUCCUCAUCCGCCACACACGACCUGCGAUGGCGAGCUUGCACAACCGCGGCGUUGACUGGAAGGCCGUACGCUAUGGCCUUGACUCGCGGGAACUUCCUUGCCAUAUCAUAUAGUUCAUUCCUGCACGUACUGGCCCGUCAGCUAGGGUUCAAUGUCAUCGUCCGAUGAACGCUCGUCUGAUGGCCUACAGGGUUGGCUUGUCGACCUGCUCCCUGUCCCACGGAGGCCUGGCCAGUGCCCUGUUACAUGCGGAGGAAACUGUCUUGGGUCAAGUUGCAGUACACAACUCCUCACAGGCACAAUUAGAUUGAGGUCGGCUUGCGAGCAUGGACCUCAGGGUCGUCUUGGCCGAGUGGGCAGGCCCGGGUUUCUGCUUUGAUACCGGCUGUCCUGGCGGAUAAAUAUUCUCAGCACGGCGGCUUCGGUUCUUGCUUCCUCUUGUCUUUUCUGCACAGAUGCUGUUCGUUUCUGCUGUUCAUUUUUGAUCGCCCACAUUCACCGGGGUACCUCACUGCUCUCCCACGCGGCAGCGCCUGCAAUGACGGACGUUAGGAGCAGCGACAAGGCUGAGUUCAAGGGCUUGCGCCGGGCUUCCUUUGCUCGUGCUCUCCACGUGCCAGCCAUUGGCCGACGGAAGCAUGUUGAAAUCGUCGAGAAUGCCAAACGCACUGCUUCCCCCGGCGGGAACAGUGUCGGAAAGGAGCCCCAGCGCACCCCGAGCCCCAACCCAGUGACUGUGUCUAUUGCUUCUCGCGGAGCUGAGCACAAUGACGGCGACGAGGGCGCGGAGAUUCCGGAUAUACCCCUUCGAAGGGCCAACAUGAAGCGGGUCAGCGCUGACUACAGCGGCUCGUCUUUGGGCAGCUUGGAACGCAUGCUGGCGAGCGGCGCGCCCCCGGACGGAUCCAACGGUCACAACUUCGGCCCUGGUUAUCCCAACGCACUCAUGUCCAGCGGCGACAAGAGUCUGCCAGAUGUCCCGGAGGUCUCGUCUCUAUCCACGAUCAGACCGGAGGCUGAUUCGUAUCUCGAAUCUGUGCGUGAGACACACUCGGCCCCCGAGUCCACCGUCGGAUCCGUCGCAUCGCCCUCCACGUACGGGAGGAGCAUCCAAGACAGAUCUACCAUCGAGCCGUCCAUAGCCUCGGUCUCAUUGCACACCGAUUUCACAUCGUCGUUGCCGGCUCUACAAACGAGGGGUGCCGACGAGGCAUGCGACGCUCUAGAGCCGCUGGCCGAGGAGGAUGUGGAGCCGGGCAGCUUCGACCUUGUCAUACCGGCGACGAACCUUACCGUCUACAACCUCGAAAGGAGAUCGGAGCUUCUAUUCUCGGUGGACCACCUGCGCAUUAUUUUUGGUGAUCCUGUCUUCCUGCAAAGGUUUCUGAACUUCAUAAGCAUCUACCGGCCCCAGUCAGUCCCCCUGCUUCGCUACUAUCUCGAAGCCCUCAAGGCGAUACGGGCGCUCGAUUGGAUAAACAGCAUGAUCUCGGGUACUCUUAGACUAGACGGUCACGAUUUCGCUUCCAAAUUGGAACCAACAAGCAACAGGUCCCUGCUGCAGAAGGCGGAGGAAGCCUGCGAGAGGCUCGCCAGGGACGAGCUCCCUGCUUACAUCACCCAUGUCUGGACCGAGUUUGUUGAGACAUCGAUGCGAAGGCGCAUCACGGGUACGCUGCCAGCGCACCUGCACGACAUGAGUGACGGACUCGCCGAGGUCUUCUGCAUCACUGACCCGUCGCGGCCCGACAACCCAAUCGUUUUCACUUCUGAGGAGUUUCAUCGAAUGACUCAAUAUGGCCUUGACUAUGUCAUUGGCAGAAACUGUCGCUUCCUCCAAGGCCCCAAGACGAACCCCUUCGCGGUAAAGAGGAUCCGAGAGAAGGUCGAGCAAGGAAAGCAACACUAUGAGACAUUCCUGAACUACAGGCGGGAUGGUUCGCCCUUCAUGAACCUGCUCAUGUGUGCCCCGUUGAUGGAUUCCACGGGUGUGGUGCGGUACUACCUAGGGGCGCAGGUGGACGUCUCCGGGCUUGCGAAAGACUGCUCCGGGCUGGAGUCCCUGCGGAGGCUGGUCGACAAGGACGAAGAGGGGAGGCAGGGCCCAGGAAACCAGGACAACGACGGCGAUGCCGCCUCCAGGGUGGACAGCGGCGCCGAGGUGGAGGUAGGCCCCCCUCCCGCCGGGUUCCCCUCGGCCAGGGAUGCCGAGCUGGGCGAGAGGGAACACUUCCGCCUCCUGUCCGAGGUGCUCAACCGCCAGGAGCUCGAGACGGUGCGGCGCUACGGCGGCAGGAUGCACCGCAGCCAGCAGGAGCAGAUGCAGCACGAGUCGGCCUCGAACUGGUCCAAGGGCCGCGUCAUCCUCCACGACAGCGAGGGCUCGCCGCCCAGCAGCCCGCGGCGGCAGCAGCAGGGCAGCUCGGAGGUGCAGGACUUCACGGGGAACAUCACCAUAUCCCCGCGCGCGGCGGCGUCCCCGCCCGCGACGGCGGCCGGGCCAGCACCCGGCGGCGGCGGCGGCCACCACCCCAACAUGCCCACCAGCGUGCCGACGACGCUCCACGGCCCGCGGGUGCCGACGAUCUACGAGCACUUCCUCGUGGUGCGGCCGUACCCGUCGCUCAAGAUCCUGUUCGCGUCGCCGUCGCUCCGCGUCCCGGGCAUCCUGCAGAGCCACCUGAUGGGCCGCAUCGGCGGGUCGAAGCGCAUCCACGAGGAGCUGGAGCAGGCGUUCGCGCUGGGCCAGGGCGUGACGGCCAAGGUGCGGUGGAUCUCGGGCGGCGCGGUGCGCAGCGACAGCAGCAGCGUGGGCAGCGGCGGGAGCGGCGGCGGCGGCGGCAGCGGCGGCGGCAGCAGCAGGGAGGGCAGGCCCCGCUGGAUCCACUGCACGCCGCUGAUCGGGUCCAACGGGUCCGUCGGGGUGUGGAUGGUCGUGGUGGUCGACGAGGACGCGGACGGCGGCGGCGGCGGCGGGGCGGGCAGCCGGCUGCGGCGGGACGCGCCGACCGUCAGCGGGCCGCGGGCCAGGGGGUCCGGCGGCGGCGGGAGCGGCGGCGGCGGCGGCGACAGGCGCAGGAACCACGACAGCCUGCUCGCGCUCGACACCAUGUCGCUCAACGACUUCGCGGCGAUGAACAGCCUGCCGCAGGACGAGGACCUGCGGCAGCACGUGCGGCACAUGUACGAGGAGACGCGGCGGCGCGAGAGGGCCGCCGCCGCGGACAGCUGGGACAACGGCGGCAACAGCAGGAGGUGGGGCAGCGACUCGCGGGACGGGGACAGGGACAGGGACAGGGAGACGAUCCGGGUCAAGGAGGCGUCCGCGUCCGGGUCGUGGAGGGGCCGGGUGGAGGAGCUGCGCAAGGUCGCGUACAGCCGGAGCCGGAGCAGCUCGCCUUUUACGCUGAAGAUUGAUGAUUGA